CCACUGUCAGAUGCCCUUAGAUCAACAUGUCUGCCUCCACCCUGCCAUCUUCCUCUGCGAGCUCGCGCCAGCUGGCUUUCGCUCACCUGCUCCCUCCUACGUACAAGCAGGCCAUCGCAGCAUGGCUCGCCGAGGAUUGCCCAUCCUUUGACUAUGGCGGCUUCGUUGUGGGAGAAGAGCUCAAGGAGGCUUCCCUGUGGUGCAAGACUCCCGGUGUUCUCGCCGGCGUGCCUUUCUUCGAUGAGGUCUUUCGACAGCUGGGCUGUACUGUGAAGUGGUAUUACACGGAGGGUAGCUUCAUCGGUGAGGAAGGCGCAAAGACGAAGAUCAAGGCGGCUACCGUCACUGGUCCUUCCCGCAAGCUUUUGCUUGGCGAGCGUGUGGCUCUGAACACUCUUGCCCGCUGUUCGGGCAUUGCGACUGCUUCGAACCAAUUCCUCCGCAAAGCACGUGCUACAGGGUUCAAGGGAAUCGUCGCGGGCACAAGGAAGACGACACCUGGCUUCAGGCUAGUGGAGAAGUACGGUAUGCUGGUGGGAGGAGUAGACAUGCAUCGGUACGACCUCUCUUCGAUGGUAAUGCUCAAGGACAACCACAUCUGGUCUACAGGCUCCAUCCCGGCUGCGGUCGCGGCUGCAAGAAGCGCAGGCGGCUUCUCGCUGAGGAUCGAUGUCGAGGUCCAGUCAGAGGAAGAGGCAAGGCAAGCCAUUGAGGCCGGAGCGGAUGUGAUUAUGUUGGACAACCUGGAAGGCCAGGCGCUCGUCGAUGUGGCUAGGAAGCUGAAGAGCGAUCUCCAUGCAGCCAGCGGGAGAGGAACCAGGCAGUUCUUGCUGGAGAGCAGUGGUGGCAUCGAUCUGAACAAUCUUGGAGAAGGUCACCUGGACGAUGCCAUUGAUAUUAUCUCAACGAGCGCGAUCCAUCAGUCCACUAAGCAUGUCGACUUCUCGCUCAAAAUCGAGCCCCUUUCACAAGUCAAGACGGACGACGUUCCCCAAUGAUUGUACAUUAACAGCCGAGCUUGAUGUGUAACGUUACAUAUGCGCUUUAGAUGAGAUAGUUGUUGUCGAGCCGCUCUUGACCAUUGCAUACUCUAGGCGGUCCAACUCAGCUUCUUCCAGAGCCUCCUCGUCUUUCCAUCCGACUCCCAUUCCUGGCUCCUCGACGUUGCCGGGUAUAUCGUCGAAGGUCCAUUCCCUCUCUACCCCUUGCGGUAGGUGAUCCGCCGAUCCAUUGAGCACUUGUUGCCAGACGCCCUCUUCUCCCGGGCCCUCGAGGCCAUGAAGUUUCCGGGCUUGCUCACCCCUGACGUAUAGACUGAGACUUGCGGUACCAGCUCCAAUACGAAUGCCCUCUCCCGUCUCCCAAUCUGUCGUCUCCUCC